AUGACACGAGGUGCUUUCUUCUCCUCUCUGUCGGGCCUCCGACAGAAGGUCUGGGGGGAAAGAAACUUAGACAACGCGUUUUCUUCUGUUACAAUUCCCCCUUGUGAGAAGUCUUAUUUCAGACAGCCGACAUCUCCGAUUUCACCUUCUUUUUCCUCUCCGUCUUCCUCUCCUGUUUCCUUCUCCUCCGUUGCUCCCUCGCCCGGCUGCGCUCAUCCUAUCAGGUCUGUCCUGACCUCUCCUUCGGCCGUCACUUCUAUCUCUUCUUCCUCCUCUUCUCCCGCCAGACUCGGCACCUCUUUCGGCGCUCCUCUUCCACCUCGACAGUUUUACAACUCCACGUGCAUUUCUCGUUUCUCUUCUCUCUCUUCUCGUCUUCACUUGGCCUCUCUCCGGUCUUCCUUCCCCGUCUCCUCUGUCCCUCGCUGUUCACCUCCCUGCCCUUCUUCGCGCGUCUCUGCCUCUUCCCCCUCGUGCUCUUCUUCGUUGUCUCCUGCGUCUCCAAGAAAUCCCCCAGAGACGCGACAAGGCGCAGGUCUUCUCGUCGAGAGAAGCAACGCCUUUGUUCCUUUUCUCCGUGGACGACAUCGAGAGAGUCUCUCCACAGGCUCUCGACCCAUCCAGAGCUGCUUGCUUCAAUCGCGAAGUCUGGUGGAAGUCAAGUUUGCGCAGCAGCGAGGCAAGGACACAUCCCACGUCCCAUACAAAGUCGUCAGGACUCCCUCUGGGAACCUCCCUGUCUACUCACGAGUCCGCAAGCACGGCACAGAAGUCACCACCAUUGUUCGCCACGCGUUCGGAGACAUCACAGCCAUGAAGAAAGACUUGGUGGCGAUCUGUGAGGCCCCCGUGCGCGAGCGCUUGGGGACUCUCGAGGUCAAGGGCCUGCAUGUGUUGAAAAUCAAGCAGUGGCUUCGAUCUCUUGGUUUCUGAUGCGCCUCAGCUGCGCAUGCGCUGCCCCAUUUCUUUGCUCCCUCUGUUUCGCUUUUUCAAAUGAAAACAGAGAACAAUGACACUGAGUCGCAGAUCUUGGACCCUCAACGGUUCGCCAGCUGUCCAACAUCCACGUAUGUAUGUGCACUCCUACAUAUUACUCGCCAGUUCCUCAGGUGUACUGGCCGCCGUAUGUCGUUGUGCUUAUAUAUAUAUAUAUAUAUAUAUAUACAUAUAUAUGUUGGAGUGAAUGAGUAUAUCCGAAAAUGUCGAUGUGUAUCCUGUCCGUAUGGACUUGCACGGGGUUUCGCAAAAGACUUGGACCGCUGCACGCAGAUGGGGUUCUUGGUCUGCGUAUUUCGGAUAUGUCGUCCCGCUUUCUACGAGACUGACGUUC